AUGGACGAUGCAACCUCCAACCAUCUUCAAGAGUUACCGUUUCAGCCCGAGCCCAAUGGCAACAUUCGUGGCUCCGGCAGUCUGAUGCCCACUCCUCAUCAACGCAUUUCGGGCUCCAAUAGGAAUAUUCGCAGCACACAUACUCCGUCCACUCAUCAUGACUCCACCAGGGAUACUUGCAGCACGCAUACUCCGAUCCCCACUCCCAACCGCAUUCAGGCUAGCCAGUCGGCAACAUCUAAGAAGCCUGUUUGA